AUGGAAUAUCUUGAACAAUUUUCAAUCAUUGAUAAAAAUCGUGAUGGAAUCAUUUCAAGACGGGAUUUAUUUAAAUAUGCAUUAAGUAUUGGUGAAGAUUUGUCCAUGGUUGAUAGAUGGUUAAGACUUUUCGAUACAAACGAUAAAGGCAUAAUUACAAUUGAAGAUGUUAGUCGUACUCUGGGUGUACCACCGCCAAAAUUUUAUGAUGAAAGACAUAAUCGACGAUUAAGCGGGAAAUUAGACUCAACUAAUGAUGCAUUCCGUCAAGCAGCAGCAAAAUUUCGUUCUACUGAAGAUAUAACACAUCAUUCACAAUCAUCAUCGUCAUCAUUUACAUCAACUGGUAAAUUUACAAUGAUGAAUAAACGUAGUUAUUCCACUGAUAAUGUUCCAUCAGAUUAUCACAAUAAUAAUUCAUGGAAUCUUCUGACGAAGAAUAAUGAUAAUCAAAUUGAUAUUGAUGAAUCAUCAUUAUUGAUUGAACAUUCAUAUGAAAUAAUUCAACAAAAAUUAAUAGAAUUAAUUGAAAUCGCAAUUAAAAAACAAAUUGAUUUUCAAACGAUACCACAAUUUAUAGCAAUUGCAUUAGAAAAAGAAUAUGGUCGUAAUUGGCAUGUUAUUGUUGGUCCAUAUAGAGUUGGUUGUGCUGUUGCACAUUUAAAUGGACGAUUUGCUAAUGCACAAUGUGAUACAUGUCAUGUUGUUGCAUUUCAAACAAUGGAUUUGUAA